AUGGAUUUGUGUGUGAUGCCCCGUCUGAUGAAUCGUGUGAUGUACGACGCCAUGAGGGAUUUCGAUCGUUUAGAGAGAAGCAUUUUCCCGUACUGGCGAGAGGCUGACCAUUCGGUGCUUCACGUGGCCAACGAAACUCAGCAGAUUGUUGAUGACGACAAAAAAUUCGCCGUCUCUUUGGAUGUGUCGCAGUUCCGCCCAGAAGAGUUGAACGUUCAGUUGGAAGGGCGUGAGCUGACCAUCGAAGGAAAGCAGGAGCACAAAACUGAGAAGGGCGCCAUUCAGAGAUCAUUCACCCGCAAAUGGCUGCUGCCCGAAAACGUCGAUCUGGAGGCGGUUCCGUACCCAGCUGAACGACAAGGGCCAUUUGUCGUGGAGGCGCCGAAGAAAUGA